AGUGGCCUGCUCUUCCCCUAGUCCUCAGAGCCCACGAAAACACACAGUUUCACCAUCACUGUGUGGAAGUUAUCUAUGGCGAUGCCUGUUGUAGAUACCGAAUACCUGAAAGAGAUUGAUAAAGCUCGUCGAGAGCUUCGCGCUUUUAUCUCCAACAAGAAUUGUGCACCAAUCAUGCUUCGAUUAGCGUGGCAUGAUGCUGGAACAUACGAUGUGAACACGAAGACCGGAGGUCCUAAUGGUUCGAUCAGGACCGAGGAGGAGUAUAGUCAUGGCUCUAAUAACGGAUUAAAGAUUGCUAUUGAUUUUUGCGAAGAAAUAAAGUCCAAACAUCCAAGGAUUACGUAUGCAGAUCUAUAUCAGCUUGCAGGCGUUGUUGCCGUGGAGGUUACUGGUGGGCCUACUGUUGACUUUGUUCCUGGUAGAAAGGAUUCGAAGAUAUCUCCGAAGGAAGGAAGACUCCCGAAUGCUACCAAAGGUGCACCACACUUGAGGGACAUAUUUUAUCGCAUGGGUUUAUCUGACAAGGAUAUUGUAGCCCUUUCAGGAGGACACACUCUGGGAAAAGCACAUGCAGAUAGAUCAGGCUUUGAUGGUCCUUGGACUAGAGAGCCGCUGAAAUUCGAUAACUCAUAUUUUGUGGAGCUUCUGAAAGGGGAAUCAGAGGGGCUGUUGAAACUUCCUACGGAUAUAGCAUUGCUGGAUGAUCCAGCAUUCCGCCAAUAUGUUGAGCUGUAUGCCAAGGAUGAAGAUGCAUUCUUUAAUGAUUAUGCAACAUCACACAAGAAACUCUCUGAAUUAGGAUUCAUCUCGGGUUCCGCAAAGCCGAAAGUAAAAGACGGCGUCAUAUUGGCUCAAAGCGCCGUCGGGGUUGUCGUUGCUGCUGCCGUGGUGAUCAUCAGUUACGUUUACGAAGCCCGCAAAAAGAUGAAGUGAGCUAAAGCUAAAAACCAUCAAGGUACAACUUUUAAAUGCAUGGGAUACAAGUUGCUAUAGCAUAUUAUUUCCCUGAACUCUAGAUGUAUUAGAAGGAUUUGCGCAUAAACAUAAUACCAUUGUUAUCAUUAUAAUUCAAGAUAAUUUGACUUUCAGUUUGAUAAAUUAAUACCCCUAAAUAAUAAUGGAACCCUCCACAACAUAAUAAUGUUUGCAACC